GUGACCCUAUAAUGUCGAGCAAAGUAAUUGAUCCUUGAAAGUGAAGUUUUGUCCAAGAUAUUAAUAUGGCUCGAGCUCGUGAAUACAAAAGAUCAUUGGAUGCUAUGAACACUAACACAGACUUUACGGACAUACCUAGAGUUAGAACAUAGAAUAAGCUUUGGUCGUUAUCGUAUAUCUCUCUGUUCUAAAUUAGUUCCUUUAUACAAUAUCUGCUUUAUAAAAUUAUUCCUUUUCUUUAUAGCAAUUGAUAUUUUUGAUUAAUGGACAAUUGAUUUUAUGGUUACAGUUAUAUAAUGUUUGUUUCUAAUGACAUCAAAAUUUUUAGCUAAUAUAUGAAAACAGAAUACGUAACAUUUACAUUGCAAGCACUAAUUAGGUUUUCAAGUAAAUUGUAGAUUUGAAAUUAAUUUAAUUGCACUUUUUAGUUUAGCGAAGAAGAGAUCUUGAUAAAACAAGAGCCGUGUGAUAAAGAUGAUACGGACUCGUAUGAUACUUAUAUACCAACCGUUAAAGAAUCUGAAGAUAUUAAGUUGAGUAAUAUACCUGAAGAUAAUAUCAGUUGGAAAGAAAAUGUUUAUUCUCAAUCUGAGAGCCUUUGUAAUAUAACAACUAAUCAAAUCGAAGAGAAGCCUUUUUUGAUGAGUCAUGUGGAAACUGAAGAUAGAAAGUAUAUUCAGCAGGAGAAAGAUUCCUUUGUAAUUGACAAAAAUGGUAAAAACAGGAAAAGAUUAGUAAAACAUAACGAUAUUAAAACAUCCAGUAAAAAACAAGGCAGAGAUAUAUCAGCAACAAUGGGAAAGAAGAGCAUUGUUUAUUGCGAAAUAUGUUCUUUGCCUUACGACAGUUUGAAUCGGUUAAAAUUUCAUAAAUCUUCCUAUACCAGGAAUAGUAAUUAUUUUUGUUCCAGUUGCUUCUCGCAUUCUUGCUCUCAUAUGAGACUAAAGAUUAGUAAUAAGAUGUCAAAAUCUUCUAGAUAUCGUUGUCAUUUUUGCAAACGACUGUUUAGCAAGAAAAAAAAGUUACAAGGUCAUUUAUUUCACGUUCAUGGUAAAGAAAUAGGUAUAAAUGUUGAAGGUGAUUCAUUUUCAAUAAAGCAUUCUGCAACUGUUUCAUAUUCUGGUGUAUUAAGGAAGAAGCGAAUGCGGCAGAAGACAAUGAUGGAAUACAUCGUACGUCCUAAUGAAGAAGAUGCAAAAAAUACAUCUGAAAAUUUGAACAACUCGAACGAUAGUAGCGCGUUAACAAUAAUUAAACAGGAGGUUGAAUGGAUGGAUGAUCAAGUGAAUGAUCAAUCGUCGACGGAUAAAAUAGUCUCUACUAUAUCUCGAACGAGUCAGGAGUUAAAUGAAAAUAAGAUACGAGAUCAGCCAUUUGUUAAAAUACACGUCGAUUCGAACAUGAUGAAAGCUCUUUUAGGAAUUUCUAAUGGCGACGACUGUCUCGAACAAUCUUUCCUAUAUAGUAGUAAUAUUAAUAGUGAUAGUAUUACUAAUAGUAGUAAUAGUAAGCCUUACGCAUUGCGAUCUUUAAAUAAUUCUAUAACAGUAAAUAAUAGUAAACCAUCCAUGAUCGUACGUGAAAAUAAUCGAAGCGGUAGCAAGGUAAGAAGACUUUUAAGUAUGUGUAAAAAAUGUACCAUUUUGUUGGUAAGAUACGACGAUAAAUUGCUUACCAGAUUGACUUCGAAUUCUUCGAAAUUUACUACGUCAUCUUCUCAGGUUUUAAAACCAGUUAAACGUAAAUUGCGUAAACGUAGAUUACCGCAUCGAAAAAGUAAGAAUAACGAAUUAUCUUCCAAGAAUCGUUUUCCACUAAUUAAUGUUACGAACAAGUCUUCUGUAAGAUCUCCGCCUGUAAAAAUUAGAAAACGAAUUGCUAAGAGUAAAGCAAACUUAUCUAUCGCGUUAAAUUUUAAGCGUUCUACCGAGUUUAAACAGACUCGCAAGAAGCGUUCUGAUCCGCCUCGAUCGUUGCUCAAACGAUUCCUUCUCGAUCUAAGAAAGAACGAAUCUUCAAAGAAAGCAAACAUUACGAAUCGUAAAAACUCAUCGUCUCGGAAGAAAUCGGUUUCAACGGAAUUUCAAAAUAAACGCUCCGCGAAUGCUAUUGCUGGAUUGAAGGAAGUGAAGGUAUCUUUGGUAAAGUUGCCAGAAAUUAAAAAGGAAUUGAUCGUGCCGGAAGUGGAUGAAAAUGCAACGAUUGGCAGCAGAGAUGAAACAUUUCCUUGUACAAUUUGUAAGACGUCACUGAUCUCGGAGAAACGUUUGAAAAAACACAUGAAGAAAUAUCAUACAGCAUACAUAUCAAGCAUAUGCCGAGCACGAUAUGCGUCGAAACGUCUUUUAUUGAAACAUUACUUACAAGAACACGACAUGUGGGUAUGCAAAUGUUGCGUUUGUUAUCAAUUCUUCAAUAGUCGAUUAUCAUUGAAACGACAUUUGCUUCUACAUUGUAUCAAAAUAACGUUAUCGAAAUACGAUCGUCCUCUUUCGAGUAAAACUAUAAAAUGUCAUUUGAAUACAAAAAGAUACAAGUGCAAGAGAAGCGCUUUAAAGAUCAUGCUGCAAUCGCAAUCGACGGAACGUCGAGAGAUCGACGUUAUUAAUCGGAAAAAACCAAAGGAAAAUUUAAAUAUAAGUAGAAUAGAGAAUCUGACAAAUCAGGUUAGCGAAAGCAAAGAGAAUAAUGACGAUGUUCUUGGAAAAGUAUAUGAUCGGCUAGGACAUCAGACAGUCUUUGUUGAAAUAACGAGCCCAUUCAAAAGUAAUAAUACCGAAGUUUCUCCUUCUAGAAGUAAUGACUUGAUGGAAGAACCAAUACUGGAUGCUUCGUACACUGCCAACGAAUCUAUCAUUUAUAAUUCUAACGAGUAUGGGCAAAUUGAAUUGAUACCGCAUACGAAUGUGAUACAAUCGGGUGUUAGCGAUAAUAAUCAGUCUGGACCGAACAUAGAAACUAUAGUAAAUAAUCGGAAAUAUCCAUGUUCGGUUUGUGGGAAACAGUUUCAAAAACAAGGAAGUUUAUUCAAACACCAACGUACCUACGCUCGAUCGUACAAUAAUUUCUGUGAAAUUUGCGGACUACUCUUUUCAUCGAAGAACUUAUUGAAAACUCACAUUAAUACUACUCACGAUCCUCUCAUCUGUAAUUUAUACAAAUUGCACUGCCAAUUUUGCAAUCAAGGCUUUCGUUCUGAAAACAAUCUUCGAAUACACGAAUUGCAUUAUCACGCAACUGCAGUAACUAUCAAUAAUCAAAGAGUGACUGAUUUUUUGAAAGUCUCCAACGGCGACACUAAUCAAUCUUUACAAACGAUUUGCAAUAUUUGCGGCUUAUUUUUUAACACGUAUGAACGCUAUCAGUUACAUUAUACGUAUUAUUAUGAAAAUCAUAUAUUCUCAUGUAUAUUUUGUAAUAAGAUAUUCCACGGAUGGUACAUGCUACAUCGUCAUAACAAACUAUACCAUUUUAGAAAUAGCUCAAUAUUUUAUGAAUAUAAAUGUUCGAUUUGUUACGAAGGGUUCACGAUUAAGUCACAUUUUCAGGCACAUCAGUCGCACGUACAUUCGAACAAAGAACAUAUGGAAUCGUCGAUUUCGAAUUUUACAUUGAAUUCUUUGCAUUAUAAUAAAAUGAGCAAGUCUUACAUAUGUUCCAAAUGUAAUGUCGAAUUCUUCAACAUAGCGGAACUCAUGUUACACGUUGAACAUUUUUCGAAUCGCGGCAAUUAUCAGUGUUUAGAUUGUCCCAGAAAAUGUUAUACGUUGUCAAUACUGUGCGAACACAUUAGUUUAAAUCAUGACGACAACGGAUCGGUGAACGGGCACAAGUGUGAUAUUUGUGGCGAAAUUUUAAUAUCUAGUAUUUCGUUAUUGUGUCAUCGAAAGCACUUACAUAGUGAGGGAGGAACUGAACAAGUCGUUUCCUUCUCAUGUAAAUAUUCGAAUACGAGCGUAAAUAUUAACGAAAUCAUUCAUGACGAUAAGAUGGUUAUCGAUAACGAACCAAUGGUAAUUGUACACAAUCCGACUUCCUCCAUUAAUCUGGAAAAAUGUAAUAUCUCGUGUCCGAUAUGCGCUGUCAAUUUUGAAAAAGAAGUAUGUUUGAAGGAACACUUAGCCGAAUAUUUAGAUUUCGGGGAUUAUCAAUGCGGCGAGUGUAAAAGACGCUUCGCUAAUUCAGAAUUUUUAAGAAAACACGUAGAAAAUCAUGUGGCACCGGGUAUGUCUUUUUCGGAAUAUUAUUGCACCGUUUGUAACGAAAACUUUAAAUCCUCUGAUCUUCUCGAAUCUCAUGUUGCUCAUUUACACGCCCGUGUUAUUUUUAAAGAUGUUUCGUCAAAGCCAAUUUAACAUUCGCACUUUACAAGAUGGUAAUAUAUAAUUUCUACGAUAAGUUAUAUAUAAUCCCAAUAAAACUAGGAAUUUAUGCGUGAAUGUUUAAAACAAGAAUUUCUUUUCAUUUUUUAUCAUUUCCAUAAAUUUCCGCCUUGUAUUAAAAACAUUACUCAUAAUAUAUUGUUUAAGUUUAUUUAAACGAAGCUUCGUUAAAUAUACUUUCUUUUUUGAAAUUGCUUCAUAAUCGAUAUCAUUAUAUAUUCUUUAGUCAUAUAUAUAUCAUAUUUGGAUUCGAUACUAUAAUUGAAGCGUUUUAUAUCGAACUGUCUUUGUCAAAUAAAUAAAUGUAUUUUACUCAACGCCCGGUAUAUGUAAGAGGUAAAUUUAUUAUCAUCUUAGAGAUAUAAUAUCAUAGUACUAGUAUUUUAAAUAUAUCCUUUACUGUUUAAAAUGAUAAGGCAAAAAAGAUAGAAGUAGUCGAAACAUAGAAUAAUAACGGAUUUGUACCAAAAAUAUUUGAAAAAUAUUGUUUUAUUUAUCACUUUUUGUUAAAAGGUUUUUAACGAUGAAAAUCGGUCUUACGAGCUUUAGCAUUAAUCAUCAAACACGUACUUUGCGUAGAUAUUUAUCGAGAAAUUCAAGAGGCAUCUAUCCGCGAUGACAUCGAUAUUCUAUACAUAAUUGCAAACAGUAAUGUAACUCUGUAACUCCCAGGGGUAUUCCGUUUGGCAGCUCUAAUAUCGACGGGACGAAAAAUCAUGGCAAUUCUAAAAUCUGGUAUUGCUCUAGAUCGAACGAAACGAUUUAUCAAAGAAAUCUAGCGUCGAGAAAUCGUCAUUGAAUCGUUUUAAAACUUGAAAUUUUCUUCCAAUACUUUUAUUUUUAUAUCGAUGUUGUCGCAUUAGAUUUGUCUAAAAGAUUCGUCAAAUAUUUGAUUAUGAUAAGUACUUAUAAUAAUCGACUGAUAUUGUUCAUCUAAAUAUUCAUUUACGAGAUUAAUAGAGGUAGAGGUAAACCGAGGAACGAUCGAGUUAAAUUAACAAGUGAAAUUAACGAGUGAAAAUUUUGCGUUUGAUUUUUGGAUAUAUGGACCAUCGCAACGACAGUGAAUUGUGUUUUUGAAAGGGAUCAAGGAACUUGAAGAAGGAUCAGAGCAUCGAACGAAUAAUGAAAAAUAUUGAAGGCGUAAGACGAAGUUUAUCUCCUGCUAUUUCCACUUUGGACGAUGGGGUCUAAUUCUCGUAACUGUCCUAAGGUGCUCUCUAAUGCCCGGCAGUCAUGGAAUUUGCGACGUACACGCGAGACGUUACAUUGAUUGCGCCCCGAAGCAAAUCGCAUUCGCAGCUUUGCCGAUUCCACCGAUCCCUCGAACAAUGAACAGCGAUGUUGAAAUUGAUGACGUGCGAGUUUGAAUGGAGAACAAACCGAUCGACUCUGUACGACUUCCCAUUUGCUCCGUCAAAGAACAUUCUGUGCAGAAUUAAUUUGUUUCUGAUCGGUCUAACUCGGUCUUCAAGAUUCAUCUAUCCGUUUAAUUUAAGAUGUAGCUUAGAAAAGAAAUCAUCAUAUUGUUACGAUACUGUCUUCAUUAUCAAAAGUAUUAGGAAUCAUAUGUAAGUCGAACAUUACGUUGUAGAAUAUAAAAUAUUCACGAUGUAUUUUAACGCUAUGCUAUACGAAUAGAAAGUAAGACAAUUAAAUUACUUUUGUAAGAAUCGAUGUUUGAUAAAAAGAAAAAAAAAAGAAAGAAAAAACAAUCCCCGAUAUUUUCAUGGAAAUUAUUUAUCAGCCAAUAAUUUCACCGUAAAGAUAAUCUCUGUAGAUUCGUCCGUUCUGAUCUAUACGGGAUCGUUAAGUUUUUUCCUAAUGCAUCGAUAAUAUUCCACGUUGGAAAUAUUCCUUUUUUUUCUCCCCGUAGAAACGCGCGUAUCAAAAAGAGACGAUACGAAUGAGACAGCUGUUACAUCAACGAAACAGCGAUGCGUUGUAACAUUCGAGAUAGGAAACUUCUCGAGCGUGCUGGAAACUACCCUUCCGUCAUUUUACUCCUUUUUGCGCCAACCAUAUUUUCGGGCAACACUCGAGUUUAUACUUCACAUUACGCAGCCCUUGCUUUAUUGAGGUGCAAAGCAGGUAACCGAGAGAAAUCACGAUUCAUGGCACCUCCUCAACCUUCUUCUUUUUUCUUCUUCUUCUUUACCCUUUCUCCUACCCGUUCUUCGUCUCUUUCCUCUUUCACCUUCCGUUUAUUUCCUCUUCCAUGCCGACCCUAUCCAACUUGAGUUACUUACACUCGCUCCUUCGAUCUACCCUUCCGAAAACGGUUGUUCCUACGGCGAAUCUCCCUCUACCAACGUUCCAACGAUAAGAGAGCACCAUCUGGAAUAGCGAGAUUUUUUUGUCACCCGUUAGUCGGCUGCCCGUUUAUCUCAUGCUCGAGACGUCGUUAGCUCUUUCGUGAAAAGAGAAGAUGGAUGGUACGUACAAAGGAGCACAUCGCUCAAAAACGAGUUUCAACGAGUUUACCCUUCUUCGUCUUGAGUCUUUCAACACUUUCGAGGAUUCCCUCGAUCUCCUAUUUUGUGAUUGACUUUAAGACGAUUUAUUUUCAGAUUUAAUCGUUAUCCGAUAGAAACUUAAAUACAGCGGGGUAAUAUAGUCGGAAAUUUUCGUGUCGCAUUAUCUGAAGUAAUUAAAGAGAUAGGAAAAUAUGUAUGAGAUUUUACUGUAUUAUUUUUUUUUUAAUAUCGUUUUUAACAUCGUUUAUAUCCGUUUUUUAACGCUGUUUUUGUCUGACGUAGCAACGUAAAUAACGAUUAGUCGUUGAAUCCAUCGUUUAAUUUAACUAAAUAUUUUAAUUGGAUCGAUCGAAUAAGCUUUAUUCGAUUUAACUCUAUGCGAUAUACCUAUAUAUAGGUACUCGUAUACGAGCUAGAAGAGAAUCGAUGAAAGUAGAGGUUUAUCUGUCUACAUUGAGAACUAAAGAUGCAAUAUACUCGAACGAAUGAUCGCCUCGAGGCAAUCUCUUCUAAAAUCCAUCGAACUAAUCAGACCGAUUAUUGCCAAGAAUAUAUUCUAAAUUAUUUCCAACUAUUAACUUUGAAUUAAGUCGAUAAACAUCUAAUCGCGUCAACUAUAACAAAAUUAAUAAUCGAUAUUACCUGCUAUAAUUAGCUCAAAUGAAAAAUCGUUUGCUCGGUCGUCAGGAAUAUUUAGGAAAACUUCAAGUCGUACGAUUUUACUGGAACGUUAGCAUUGUAAAAGUGAUUUAGCUAAACCGAAUUAAACCGGACCAAAGAAAAUUAUACCUGGCCGUAGUAGUUGCAACGAGUACACGUACUCCUGUUAAACCUUUAAUUACUUGUGCGGCUUUAAUUUACAUAACGAGUAUGUUUAGUUCCUCGUUCCUAGUACUAGAUAUACUCUAUCCUUGAUAUUAUUCAUUUCGUCUAACGAUUCAUUAAAAUGACAUGCACUUAAUUAUCUCUAAUAAAAAUUCGCGAUAGCGGGCUACGCGCUAAUAUUAGGAUCUUUCAAAUCAAAUAUCCUUUAAGAUCUUAUACUUGUGAUAGAAACUUAUCCGCUAUUUAAGAAGUUUAAUUUAUGUUCAUGGAAACCUUUAUGAAUCGUUUUUAAUGAAUCAUUUUAUUACUCGCCAUAUUUAAUGCUUUUAUCUACCGUUGAAAUCAGAGCGUGACGCGAUGUGACGCGUUCAGCAAUCUACCCCAGUAAAAGUCGUAUGAUAGUGAAUCGAUGAGUUCGUUGAUAAGUUAGGAAUUUAUUUUAUAAAUUUAGUACUUUCUCCGUAAUAAAAGAUGGCGUACGAUAACUACUAAUAACAAUUAUUUAUUUUUAUUAUUAAUCAAAGAAAUCAACUUUUAGAGAUACGGAAGAAAAAUGAAAAAAAGGAAUGAAUAAAAGACGACCUGACGCAAUUUUCUUUAUCAUAAAAUACGAUUUAGUAAUUUCUCUUCUUUUUUAUAACUUUCUAAUUACAAAAAGUAGUAUUUUUCGUACAAUAAAACCAUUAGUUUUUUGUUUACAACUUUGCAAAUAAAUCAUGGAUUAAGAGUUAUAUUUUGUGAUUAUUGAUAAAACUGUUCGUUUUUCUCGAAUAAGAUAUAAAUAAGAAUGAAAGCUAUUUACCGGAUUAUUACGUUUAUUUUUUUUAAGUUUGAAGCUUUACUCGUUAAAUCUUGUCCGCUUAGGAUCGUAUGUACAAAACGGGAGCGAGUUCUAACUGGUUGUAAGAGGGGUGGAGAGUCGUGGUGGUUUCGCCGUGUUGGAAUGAAAGCUUUUCGUGGCUGUAGUUUGAUACUACCAUCCUUAGGGUUCUCGAGGCUUACUAAGUUCUCGCUCUCUAACUUCGUCCACGUAGAAACGUUCCUCGAAACUUGAGAAUGCCUAGUGUUUCUCCAUUCGAGAGAACACAUAGCGAUUUAAAUAGCCGUGUCCCUUCAUUUGUGAUAUAUUCUUUACGAUUAACGAAACGAGAAUAUUUUACAAAGUAAAACAAAUUAGUUAUUAUACAAAUCCUUUGAAAAUUAACAAAUAAAACGUUUGCGAUGAAAUCAA